GCAUCCUUUUUAAGCUUUUUGAAAAGCAGUGGAAAGUAAAGGUGGUUCCAUCUCAAUCUCUCUCUCUAGCUUUUCUUCUCUCUCUCUCUCUCUUGUUUUUUUGUUUGAUCGAUCAGCCAUGGAUACGGCUCACUGGCCACAGGAGAUUGGAAUGAAGCCAAUGGAAGAAAUAUUAGUAAAAAACACAACAAAUAAUUCUUCAUGUUUAUCAAAACCAUCUUCAAAUAAUAAUAAUAAUAAUAACAAUUCUUCAUCAUCUUUGGAAAGAAAAGCAAGACCACAAAAAGAAUCAGCCAUAAACUGUCCAAGAUGCAAUUCUACAAACACAAAGUUUUGUUACUACAACAAUUACAGCCUCUCUCAGCCAAGAUACUUUUGCAAGACUUGUAGAAGGUAUUGGACCGAAGGCGGGUCUCUUAGAAAUGUUCCUGUUGGCGGUGGCUCCAGGAAGAACAAGAGAUCAUCUUCUAUUUCAUCAUCUCAUCAUCAUCAUUCUUCCAUGUCGAAAAAACUUCCUGAUCUUGUUGUACCUACUCCAUCACAAACACCACUACUUUCUCAUCAUCAAAACCCUAGGAUACAUGAACAUCAUGCUGGCCAAGAUCUGAAUCUUGGUUUCCCAUCAACUCAUCAUGAUUUCAAGACGAUUUCCGAGCUAAUCCAUGUACCGAAUUUCGAUGGGACGACGACUAAGAAUAAUAAUAAUACUAAUUCUACCACCAACACCUCUACCACUACUUCAGCUCAGCUUUCAGCUUUGGAACUCUUGACAGGAAUCACAUCAAGGGGAAUGAUGAAUUCCUUCAUGCCAAUUCCGAUUCCUGAUCCAAACUCGGUUUACUCUUCGUCGGGACAGAUGAUGAUUUCCAUGCCAGAAUUCAAGAUUCCUUCACUUAAUUUUUCCUUGGAUGGAAUGGGAAGUGGUACGUAUGGAAAUGGGAUUCACGAGAAUUCGAGUGGGAGGCUUUCGUUCCCAUUCGAGGAUCUCAAAACAAGUACGCCGACAACUUCUCGUGAUGGCGGCCAUCAUAAUAAUGUUGAUGAUGAUCAACAAACUAGGGAUCAAAAUGGCGAUACCAAUGGCUUUUGGAGUGGAAUGUUAGGAGGUGGUGGUUCAUGGUAAACAUUAUAUCAUAUAUAUUUUUAUAUAUAUCUAUAUCUAUAUCUAUAUCUAUAUAGAGAGAUCGAGUGUUCAAAUUACAACAAUCUUUGGGGGUUUAAUUAGUUUCUUUCUUUAGAUUAUUUAUGGUUGUUUCAAAUGUGGUUAUUUUCUAGUAGUCUCCAAAAUUAUUUGUGGGUGGUAAUUACUUAAUUGUUUGGAUUUCUUGAUGAGAACUAAUUAACUUGAUCGGAUCAUACAAUUAAUAGUCAGUUAAUUAGUUGGUCUCUCUUCUUAGUUAUAUUUUAUAAACAUGGUCAUUUCUUAGUGAUCAUAUAUACCUAUCUUGAUAAAUCUUAUCUUGAUCUUCGACUAAGACGGGAUAUUACAAGUAUACAAGAUCAUCAGAGAAGAUCGAUCUGCAGCUAGCUAGUGAAGAGAAAACAAAUUUAAAGCCCAGUUUUUUUAAGGGGCCGGGCUAAAUGUACUUGUAGUGGCAGAAUUCAGAUAUUAAACUAAUUAAGAAGAGUAACCAACUACUGUUGUUUAUCAUUAAUUGGUUGAUCGGCUUUUAUGAGGCAAAAACAAUAAUGCAUGUGUAUGUAUAUGAAUGAUGUACAAUUUGUUUAAUUAGUUAACUUCGAUCGGUUGAUAGAUAUUUUCUUGAAGCAAAUUUGUAUUCUUGCUAAGCUAGCUUUUCUGGUAGUGUAUAUUGUGUACUAUCUUUGCAUACCUAAUUAAGCUCAAGUCUUAUUUUUAUUUUU